CCAGCAGCAGCUCAGCAGGAGCUUUCCCCCGUUUUCUCCUCCGCGAUGGUUGUCAAGCUCGUGCAGCACGAGCACGGCAAGGGCCGCGUGCGCAUGCUCAAGGUGACUCGCACGCCCGAGAAGCACUCGGUGAUUCAGCUGGAGGCGGAAGUGCUACUGGAGGGUGCGCUCGCCGCCAGCGCCUACUACGAGGGCGACAAUGGUCACGUGCUGCCCACGGACUCGGUCAAGAAUACGGUGUGGGUGUUGGCAAAGAAGCACGAGUUCGCAUCGCUAGAGGAUUUUGGCGUCAUCCUAGCGCAGCACUUUCGUCACCAGGCACCCAGACAUUGUACGUCGAUCAUUUUUAAAGUAUGA